AAAACAAUCAUCAUAGGCUUUUCAUUUUUCAACUCUUUCUAUUUCUUUUCAUUUUUUAGCUAAUGAUUAUUAUUAUUAUUAUUAUUAUUAUUUUUAAUAAAAGUUAGAUAUUUGAGCUAAUUUCCACAAAAUCAAUUUCUUCAUCAAAUUUGGAGAGCUCUUCAAAUUUUCUGCUUCUAUGCUUGACAAGUUACCUUAACCAGGUGUUGGAGAAAAUAAUGAGUUGUAGUUGCUUUGGUGCUUCAGCAACAAAGACCAAAAAGGGUUUUUCUGGUCAAGCUAACAAUGGCAUAGAUGAAAAUUUGCUGGAAAGUAUAAGGCAUUUCUCCUACAACGAGAUAAAAUCCGCAACAAAUAAUUUUCACGUGAGCAAUAAACUAGGGCGCGGAGGCUUUGGAACCGUUUACAAGGGAACUUUGAGAGACGGUGUAGUAGUUGCGGUAAAGGCACUAUCGGCUCAAUCAAAGCAAGGAGUGCAUGAAUUUUUGACAGAGAUAAAGACCAUAUCGAAUGUCAGACAUUUCCAUCUUGUUGAGUUGAUAGGUUGCUGUGUUGAUGGAGGGAAUCGGAUUUUGGUAUACGAAUAUGUGGAAAAUAACAGCCUUGAACGAGCGUUGUUAAGUUCGAGGGGUACAAACAUCAAACUCGAUUGGAGUAAAAGGUCAGCUAUUUGUUUAGGCGUUGCUCGGGGUCUCACGUAUUUACAUGAAGAACUCGAACCCCAUAUUGUUCAUAGAGACAUCAAAGCUAGCAAUAUACUCCUUGACGAAGAUCUAAACCCGAAGAUUGGUGAUUUCGGGUUGGCAAAACUCUUUCCGGAUAAUAUUACUCACAUCAGCACAAAAAUUGCUGGAACAACAGGCUAUUUGGCACCGGAAUAUGCAUUGGGCGGUCAGUUAACGUUGAAGGCCGACGUGUACAGUUUCGGUGUUCUAAUACUCGAAAUUGUUAGUGGCAGAAACAAUUCCAAUAAUUGGGGAGGGUCUCAGCCAAAGCUUCUUGUGGAAUGGGCAUGGCAACUUCAUGAGGAGGGGAAACUGUUAGAGAUAGUAGAUUCCGAGUUAACCGAUUUUUCGGAGGAAGAAGUCACCCGAUACAUGAAGGUAGCAUUCUUCUGUACUCAAGCAGCUGCAAACCGAAGACCGCUAAUGAGCCAGGUUGUCGACAUGCUGUCGAGAAACAUCCGAAUCAACGACAAACAACUCACGGCCCCGGGUUCCUUUCAAGACUCGAAACUUAGAGGAUCUUCUUCGAAAAAUACGGCUUCGACUAGUCAAGAGAUGAGUUCUGUACCAGUUACUAUAACUCAAGUGACCCCUAGAUAGAAAAAGAAGAAAAAAAUACCUACCAAUUCAUUUUUAUGGAAAACAGAAAUUUUAGUGUGAAAAAAAAUAAUUCUUGAAUAGCUUUUUUUUUUUAGGUUCUUUAGAGUAGUGUGUUUUGAGCAAAAGGUAUAUUGUACCAUUUAUAUAUAAAUAUAAUAUUAUUUCACUAUUGAAAUGAUGAAAUAAUGGAAAUUUAUACAAAAUUAAAAUGUUUAUAUUUUUAUGUUUA